AUGGAUAGAGCAGAGGAAAAGCUGAUAUUUGCUGUUAAUGGAGAGAGAUUCGAGCUCUCUAGAGUUGAUCCUUCAACUACGUUGCUUGAGUUCUUACGUUGUCAUACACGUUAUAGAGGUGCUAAACUUGGUUGUGGAGAAGGAGGUUGUGGUGCUUGCGUGGUUCUUCUGUCAAAGUAUGAUCCUCUGCUUGAAAAAGUUGAGGACUUCACAGUGAACUCAUGUCUGACACUUCUUUGCAGUUUACAAGGAUGUUCUAUUACAACAACAGAAGGUCUUGGAAACAGCAAAGAUGGAUUCCACCCAAUCCACCAAAGGUUUGCUGGUUUCCAUGCUUCUCAGUGUGGCUUUUGUACUCCAGGCAUGUGCAUGUCUCUCUUCUCAGCUCUAGUAAAUUCUGAGAAGACCCCAGGGCCAGACCCACCUCCUGGUUUCUCCAAGCUUACAGUAUCAGAAGCUGAAAAGUCAAUUGUAGGAAACCUCUGCCGCUGCACUGGUUAUCGGCCCAUUGCUGAUGUUUGCAAAAGCUUUGCAGCUGAUGUUGAUUUGGAGGACCUGGGCCUCAAUAAUUUUUGGAGAAAGGGUGAGAAUAAAGAGAAGAUCUUGAGUAGAUUACCCUUCUACAGCCAUAGUAAUGAAAUUUGUACCUUUCCUGAGUUUUUGAAAAGGGAAAUCAAGUCCAAAUCACUUUCUGAUUUCAAUGGCUAUUAUUGGUACAGUCCUGCCAGUAUUGAGGAACUUCAGAGCCUAUUGGAAACUGAAGAAGAUGGAAACCGGGUAAAACUAGUUGUUGGGAACACAGGGGUAGGCUACUACAAGGAACAAGAGCAGUACAAAAGGUACAUUGAUCUAAGACAUAUCCCUGAGCUCUCUUUAAUAAGAAGGGACAGAACGGGGAUUGAAAUUGGUGCAGCUGUAACAAUCUCUAAAGCCAUCCAAGCCUUGAAGGAAGAAAGUGAAGGUGGGUUUCACCCAAAUGGAGAAAUGAUAAAAAAGAUUGCUGAUCAUAUGGAGAAGGUUGCAUCAAAGCCCCUGAGGAAUACAGCAAGUUUAGGUGGUAAUUUGAUCAUGACACAAAGGAACCAUUUUCCCUCUGAUAUUGCCACUGUACUUCUUGCUGUCGGUUCAUCAAUAAUUAUACAGACAGGCCCAGAAAGAACAGAACUUACACUAGAAGAAUUCUUGGAAAGGCCACCAUGUGAUUUUAAAACUAUAAUUACAAGUGUUAGAAUCCCAAGUUGGGAAUCAGUAAGAAGAUUUUCAUCUGAAACCAAAACUAAGUUGCACUUUGAAAGCUAUCGAGCUGCACCACGACCACUUGGAUUUGCAUUGCCAUACCUCAAUGCUGCUUUCUUAGCAGAGGUUUCUUCCUCCAAAACUUCUGUUGUUGUAGAAAGCAUUCGGUUGGCUUUUGGUGCCUAUGGGAAUAAAUAUGCAAUAAGGGCAAGGAAAGUUGAGAAACUUUUAGUUGGACAGUCACUUAGUUUGAAUCUUCUAUUUGAGGCUAUUAAAUUACUGAAAGCAACUGUGGUGCCUGAAGAGGGGACUUCAUAUCCUGCCUAUAGAACAAGUCUGGCUGUUGGCUUCCUUUUUGAUUUUCUUUAUCCUAUGCUUGAAGCUGGUUCCACAAUUCUACGUGGUGGCUUGAAUGGAUAUAUGAAUGCUUUGCCAACCAAGGUUUCUAAACAUGAAAGUAAUAAUGACCAUGUUCAAACGCGCUCUGGAAAUCAGCUUCUGGAGUUUAAUAGGGAAUAUAGUCCAGUAGGGGAACCGACUCAGAAAUCUGGAGCUGAGAUCCAAGCUUCCGGUGAGGCCAUAUAUGUGGAUGAUAUUCCUUCUCCAAAGGACUGCCUUCAUGGAGCAUUCAUAUACAGUAACAGGCCUUUGGCACAAAUAAAGGAUAUUCAAUUCAAAUCUCCACCCGAAUUGUAUGGAGUUGUUAGAGUUAUUUCCAUUGAUGAUAUCCCAGAAGGAGGGGAGAACUUAGGAUCUCAGACCAUGUUUGGUACUGAACACCUUUUCGCUGAUGAUCUUACUCAGUAUGCAGGAGAACCAUUAGCUUUUGUGGUUGCUGAUACACAGAAACAUGCUGACAUGGCAGCCAAUUCUGCAGUGGUUGAUUAUGACACAGAAGAUCUAGGGACACCUAUUUUAUCAGUAGAAGAGGCAGUCAAGAGAUCUAGCUUUUAUGAAGUCCCUCCUUAUCUUAGGCCGAAACAGAUUGGCAAUUUCUCAGAAGGAAUGGCAGAAGCUGAUCAUAAGAUUCUUUCUGCUGAGAUAAAACUUGGGUCACAAUACCAUUUUUAUAUGGAGACACAAACUGCGCUUGCUGUACCAGAAGAAGGCAAUUGCAUGGUUGUCUACAGCUCGACUCAGUGCCCUGAGAACACACAGAUUGUAAUUGCAAGAUGUCUUGGAGUUCCCUGUCAUAAUGUCCGUGUGAUUACAAGAAGGGUUGGAGGAGGGUUUGGUGGAAAGGCCAUGAAGGCUAUUCCUGUUGCUACCGCAUGUGCUCUUGCAGCACACAAGUUACAGCGUCCAGUCAGGAUUUACCUCAAUCGCAAGACAGAUAUGAUAAUGGCAGGAGGACGGCAUCCUAUGAAAAUAAACUAUAGCGUUGGCUUCAAAUCCAGUGGGAAGAUCACAGCUCUACACCUUGAUAUAUUAAUUAAUGCUGGCAUAUCUGCAGAUAUCAGUCCUGUCCUACCACUGAAUAUAUUGGGAGCCUUGAAGAAGUACAACUGGGGAUCUUUGUCUUUUGAUAUAAAGAUCUGCAAAACAAACCAUUCAAGUAAGACGGCAAUGCGGGCUCCAGGAGACGUGCAAGGAUCAUUUAUUGCUGAAGCUAUCAUUGAGCGUGUAGCAUCAACUCUAUCUAUGGAAGUCAAUACUGUCAGGAGCAAGAAUCUCCACACAUUUGAGAGUCUCAAGCUUUUCUAUGACAGUAGUGCUGGGGAAGCCCUUGUGUAUACUUUGCCUUCAAUUUUGGAUAAGUUGUGUGCAUCUUCAAAGUUCCACCAAAAGGAUGCAGAAAUAAGACAGUACAAUAGUUGCAGUAAAUGGAGGAAAAGGGGAAUCUCAAUGGUGCCCAUUCUGUAUGAAGUGUCAUUAAGGCCUACUCCUGGGAAGGUAAGCAUUCUCAAUGAUGGGUCUAUAGUGGUUGAAGUUGGAGGGAUUGAGCUGGGCCAGGGGCUCUGGACAAAGGUGAAGCAGAUGACUGCAUUUGCUCUUAGUCCAGUAAAAUGUGAUGCAAGUGGAGACCUCUUGGAGCGUGUACGGGUCAUUCAGGCAGACACAUUGAGCUUAGUACAAGGGGGGGCGACUGCUGGGAGCACCACAUCAGAGGCAAGCUGUGAAGUAGUUCGAAUCUGCUGCAAUGAGUUAGUUGAAAGACUAACCCCUCUCAAGGAAAGGCUGCAGGAGAAGAUGGGUCCAAUCUCAUGGAAUAUGUUGAUUCUCCAGGCAAAUCUACAAGCAGUUAACUUAUCUGCAAGUGCUUACUAUGUUCCUGAAUUUACACCUAUGCGGUAUCUAAAUUAUGGUGCUGCUGUUAGUGAGGUGGAGAUAGAUCUUCUCACUGGAGCAACUUCAAUUUUGCAAACGGAUAUUAUUUAUGACUGCGGACAGAGCUUGAACCCUGCUGUUGAUUUGGGACAGAUUGAAGGUGCUUUUGUACAAGGAAUUGGUUUCUUCAUGCUGGAAGAGUACCUCAGCAACUCAGAUGGGUUGGUUAUAUCAGAGGGUACAUUCACUUACAAGAUCCCAACCAUUGACACAAUACCAAAGCAGUUUAAUGUUGAGAUCCUGAACAGUGGACAUCACCAAAAACGUGUUCUCUCCUCCAAAGCUUCCGGGGAGCCACCAUUACUUUUAGCAGUAUCUGUUCACUGUGCAACAAGAGCAGCCAUUGGAGAAGCCAGGAAGGAGCUUCUUAAAUGGUGCAGCUCAGAUGAAUCUUAUUCAGCCUUUCAGUUGGAAGUCCCUGCAACCAUGCCUGUUGUUAAGGAGCUAUGUGGGCUUGACAAUGUGGAGAGAUACUUGCAGAGCCUGCUUUCUCAUAAAUGA